AUGUCGACUGUCACCGACGAGCCUCUUCCUCGCGUGCCUGCCCCGUGGCUCUUUACGGGCUCGUCGUGGGUCAUCCCGCUCCACACGCCGUUCAGCGAGACGCCGAUCCCGCUCCCCGCCGGGUCGUACGCGCCGUUCGAGGCCGGCUCGACGGCCGACCUGUCGCGCCGGUACCACGGCGGCGUCGGCCUCGUCCUCGUCCUGCGCUACGACCACUCCGACGUCGGCCCGUACGACGAGCUCAUCCUCAUCCCGGGCCUGUUCUCGAACGAGCACGAGGGCGAGGGCGUCAAGUACGACUGGGCGAUCACGCGCAUCAUCGUCUCGAGCGACAAGUCGACCGUCAACGGACGGCCCGAGUGGGGCAUGCCCAAGCACCGCGGCGUCUUCUCGUUCACGCCCUCGCCCUCGUCGUCAUCGUCGACCCUCAUCACGGUCGCGCACCCGACGUCGCCCGACGAGCCCUACUUCCGCACCGUCCUGCCGCUCCCCGCCGCCCUCGGCGACGCCGCCGUCGGCGAGGCCAAGCUCGCCCAGCUGCGCGAGACGGCCCAGCGCCUCGACGCCUUUGUUGCGUGCCCCGAACCGCUCCGCGUCGACUUUGCCGCGACGGGACGUUGCCGCAUCUGCGUCGUCGAGCCGGCGCCGUACGGCGAGGGCGAGCGUCGCUCGGGCGGCGACAAGCUCGACGACGAGGACAAGGAGCGCGAGUGGGCUGAGCUGGGCGACGGCGUCGGGUUCCCGCGCGUCAAGCCUCUGUCGAGGGUCGCCAACUUUCACCUUACGAGGUUCAGCAUGGAACUCGCCAAGGGCGUCGUCGUCAAGCUCAAGCUCUAG